AUGUUUUUUCCUCGCCUCUCCCUCUCCGCCUUGCGGGCGACCGGCGUCGCCGGCAGCCAGGCGUCUCCCGCCACUUUCGCCAAGCUCCCUGGCGCUUCCUUCUCCCAGAAAUUCUACUUCGCCCCGAGCCGCCACUUCUCUCAGUCCCCCCUGUUCCAAAAACACACCCCCAUCCACUGCAACCAGAAGCUCGCGGCCGCUGGCGCUCUCUGCCCCACGCAGCAACCCUCGAUGACCCGCCAGAACCCGUACGCGAUGCAAGUCGGUGCGCGCUACGACGCCGGCGUUGCCAGCCUUAGCGCCGCCAUUGCGUUGAUGUCCGUUGGUGGCGUCGCUCAGGGUAUCGGCUCUCUCUUCGCAGCUCUGGUUUCCGGCACUGCCCGCAACCCCUCGAUCAAGGAAGAUCUUUUCACCUACACUCUUAUUGGAAUGGGUUUCCUUGAGUUCUUGGGCAUUAUUUGCGUCUUGAUGAGCGCAGUGUUGCUCUACUCGUAA